GCUCCCGCACUGUCGCUGACGGAACUUCAACAGUGUGAGAUCCAGCGGAAGUAAACAAUACAAGCGUAAGCCAUAUGCAUUAAAUUAGCUGGAAGUUAUUGUAGCCGUUGCGGCGCUAAUUAUUUCAUUGUAAUUAAGCAACAAUGUCUUCAGUUGAGAGUUUGAGAGAGUUUGUCAACGAGCGACUAACUGCUGCUGCUGAAGAAAUAUUCAGAGUUUUUAAAAACACUAUCGUCGAGUACGAGGAAGAGAUCGAUCGUCAGCGCAGACUGCUGGAUAUCGUUUGGAAACCCGAAGUAAAGUUACACAGGAUAGAGCUCCCACAGCAACAUGUCUGUAAGGAGGAGGAGGAGGAGGUUCUGGCUGACCAGCAGCUCUGUAUUCAGGAGAGGAUCCCCGGUCUGGACCAGGAGGACCCACAGCCUCCACAGGUUAAAGAGGAACAGGAGGAACUCUGUACCAGUCAGGAGGGAGAGCAGCUUGUAGUGAAGCAGGAGACUGACACCUUUAUGUUGACUCCUACUUAUGAGGAAGGUGACCACAGUGAAGCAGAACUGAAAAGUGACCACCAGCUCCUCUCUCACAACUGUCAUGUAGCUGAGAGCCAAGAUCAGAAAGGAGGCGAGCAUGAAGACUCAGGAUCAACUAGAGAUGCAGAGCCAAAACAAAAGAAUCAAGAUCACAACAGCAGAAGCCCCACAAACAAUGUACAUAAGUCUACCAUGUCAGAGGUUCACCAUGAUCCUCACACAGGAAGUCUUUUAGCCGGAGGAGUCACUUGA